UGCAUUAAAACGUAAAUUUCGAAACUCAACUUGCGGUCACGCUGUUCGCUUAAGAAGAAGAGACUGCAAAGCAAAACAGCAAGAACAAAAAAAAUAAAUACAUUAUCGGCCCAAGGAAUUGUUUGUUUCAUUAACUUGCAGAAAUCCGAGUUUCUAAUACGCAAGCAUACAUAAAUGGUUUCUACUUUUAUUGGCCUAUUGGAUAUACAAUCAUGGUGGGAGAUACCGUGUAUUUCGCAUUUCUGUUCAUUGUUUAGUUCCGCCUUCGAUUUACCGGACAUUGACAUAGAGGAUCUCGAGUCGGCGCUGCUCUCCGAUGGUACCAGCGAGGAGGAUCAAGUUGCCUUAGUGCCCGAAUUAAUUGUACGCCUUUUAACAGGCUGCGAUGCGCUACAAUCGGUAGCCAAUGAGAUUACACACAGCAACUAUCAGAUGUUUUUGCGCCGUUUUCUGCGUCAACAGUGUCGCCUGCAUCAGACAGAGAAUCACUUUGAUACGGACAUAGAUUUCCAGUCGCUGCCCGUUCGCAAGCGUUUACAAAUUCUGCACGAUCUGUGCCACUUUCGUUUGGACUCUGUCGAUGUGCAGGUCAUACUCAGCAAUCUAGAGGCGGACAGUUUGCGCGUUGAGCCGCUCGGCUACGACGCCAAGAACUCCGGCUAUUGGUAUUUCUACGGUACGCGACUCUAUCGCGAAGAUAAAGCCGCCGGAACGGGUAGUGCAUCCGGUUCGGGCAAAGCUGCAGCUGCUGCUGCUGCGGCAUUGAGUGCGGGCGCUGGUUCAAGUGGCAAAACAACCAUUGGCAGCAACGGCACCAUUUGGCAGGUUAUUUGCUUCACCGAGGAGGAUUGGCAGAACUUGGCAGCUAAGUUUAAGACCUCAACGAAUGGUAAAGAGCGUGAGCUCUUCCAGAUACUUGAUGAGAACUUUCUGCCCAAAUUGCCGCAGCUAUUUCGCGAGCGUGAACGUCUGAGACGCCGCAAAUUGCUACAAGUACGUAAUUCGAGUCGCAUACGGAAUCUAGCCGAGUUAAAGGCACGCCAGGAGGAGGAGCGCCUUAAGCGGGAUCGUGAACGUGAAAGAGAUCGUGUGCGUCGAGAUCGUCAGACCUCUCAGCACUUGGCACCGCCAGCGUCUCAGUCACGCUCGCGCAGACGUUCGCAAUCAACAUCAACGGCUAGCGGUAUUUCAACUUACGCAAGCUCUCUAAGACGUACAACAACAACUAAUUCGAGCGAAUUUCUGUGCCACAGGGAAACCUUUUGUCUCUCGCCAGAAGACGAUGACCAAAACGACGACGACGACGAGGAGACGACGCAAGACCAACAACAACAACAAGAGCAAGAGCAGCAACAGCAACCACAAGAGCAGCAACCGCAAUUAGCAGAGCAUCAGGAAGAGGAAGAGCAAGAGCAAGGGGAACAACAGCAGCAUCAGCAAGAGCAACAGCAACAAGAGCAUCAAUUAAGUGCUGCGUCAGAAGCAACAAGAUCUGAUAAAUUCCGUUCACCGGAACCGCCUAGAGAGAAAUCACAAACGCCAGCGAAAUUCAAGAGCAAGAGCCAUCAUCAUCAUCACCACCACCAUCAUCAUCAUCAUCAUCAUAAGAGGAAAAAGUCCGGGAAGAAGCAAAAGAAACGUUCACGCGAGCACCGAGAUCGGGAUAAAGAGCAUCAUCACUAUCAUCAUCAUCGACGGCGACACAAGCAUGCGUCUGAACUCGACGACGAGGACGCCAACAACAACACCGACAACAACAACGACCAACAAACAACAACAGCAAGCAACAGCAGCAGUGCAAUACCCGCAAUCGGUGUACGCAACCACACAAAGCGUCGUCACAGUCGCCAACAAUUGCAAACCCAUCCCUCGACACCUGAGCCGCCGCUUCACGCAACCUCGCUCAGUCCCGAGGAUAAGGAGAACUUUUGUCGUCAGCUGCAGUUGCUAGAUGCCAACUCGGCUGCAAUCGCGGUUGCCACAAGCAUUGCGGAUCUGAGUCUGCCGUCGCCCGUGGCGCAUGACAGCGAGGAGCAAUUGCAAUCGGAGCAACAAACAGCCGCAGCAGCAGCACAGACAACGCCCACAGUUGUUGCCAAACGCGAGGAGCAGAUGGCGCCAGCGGCGAAUGUUAAGCUGCCCGGCCGGCAAACCAAUAAUUCCCUCAGCUCCCUAACGGGCAACAUCUUCAUACCGACGGGCGCUGCAACCGGCGGCGCCAGCACAAACCAUCAACAGCAGCAGCAGCAGCAGCAGCAACACAACAACAACAGCAGCAGCAACAACACAUCAGCCGAUAGUACAACAGCCCGCUCCAAGAAGCAAAAGGCGGCCGCAGUUAGCUCAAGCUCAUCGAGUAAAACGGAACGCAGCGCCAGCAAAUCGGAGACGGUGAAAAGCAAGAAAUCAACAGCGGCAGCAGCAGCAGCAGCGGCGGCAGCAACAACAACAACAGCGACUGCACCGCCAUCCUCGGCCGCCUCGACGUCGUCCACAUCCAGCAAGGCGGAACGGCACAGUGGCGCCUACUCAGACAAGAGUGCCGAUGACUUUACCGAAACGGAGGAAGUGCUACAAAUCGGAAUGCAUAAGGUGCUCGUCUAUGUGAAGAAUCAUCGGGAUGCAUGGCCCUUCAUGGAUCCCGUCGAGGAGGACAUUGCGCCACGUUACUACUCCAUCAUCAGAAGACCCAUGGAUCUACUGAAAAUGGAGGACAAACUGGACAGUGGAGAAUAUCACAAAUUUAGCGAAUUUCGCAAUGAUUUUCGCUUAAUUGUAAACAAUUGUAGAUUGUACAAUGGGCACAAUAAUGAGUACACAGAGAUGGUUAAUAAUCUGCAGGAUGCCUUUGAUAAGGCGACCAAGAAAUACUUCGAUAAUCUCUCUGAUGACGAAGACGAUGAUCCGAAUUUAAGUUACCCCGCCGCCGAUUCCAAGAUGAAUGUAUUCCGCGAGAAAUACUUCAAGAAAAAGGUGAAAGACGAGGAGAAAGCAGGCGAAUCCUCGGUCAACUCAGCGUCCAGCAAACGUUUGCCUGACAGCAGCACCGAGGAGGACCAACAGCACAGCGAUACGGAGGCGCCGGCGGAGGCAACAGCACAUGCGCAAAAGCGCAAACGUAAGGAGAAGGAUAAACGGCGUAAAAAGAAGACGAAAAGCAAGGUGGAGAGAAGCGCCAACAAUGAGGAUCUGGACACGGAUGAGGAGGAUUUGGAGGCAGAGCCACCACCACCGCCACCUCCAGCGCCGACACAAGCAGUAAAGAAAAGCAAAACCAAUAAAGUACUUAAGGAGAAAUCUAAAGACAAGGACAAAGAGAAAGACAAAGAUAAGGAGAAGGAUAAGGACAAGGAAAAGGAGAAGGACAAGGAGCUGGCGUCCUCGAGCAAGCGUGGACGCAAAGCGAAAGGCAGCAAAUCCACACAGUCAAGCAAGUCCAGCAAAACACAAAAGACCAAAAAAGCAGGGAAAAAGUCAACGCCCGAAACUGAAUCCGAAUCGGAGCAGAGUGCGCCACCGAGCGAUCGUGGCGAGUCCAGUGACGAUGAGGAACUGGCGUUGGCCAAGGUGAAAUCCUUGGUGAAGCCAACGGCACGCUCGAUAGCAGCACAGAAGAAGAAAAUGGUGCCGGCGGAGUCGAAAGUAAAGACACCAACGCCGGUCAAGCGACAGCCAAAGAGCAAGAAAGGUGGACGCAGUCGAACCAAAGGGGAUCGUGAUCUGGAUGAUCACGAUGAUGAUAGCUCCAUGUCGGAUAUCAAUGUGAAGAAGCAGUUGCCACCAACAGCUGCUGCGGUGUUGGCUGAAUCGGCUGCUGAUCUCGAAGAGGACGACAAUGAUGAUGAUGAUGUCGACGACGAUGACGAUGCGUCGCGAUCUCGCAGCAUGUCGCCCUUUAAAGUUGAUCUUCACAAGAAAUACUCGAAGAGUGCGCUCAAUGAUGAUCUGUCCGAGCUGCUGACAACCGUCAAGAAGGUGACCAGCGCCGAGACAACAAAACUCAGUGCUCGUCAUGAGGGUGAUAAAUCCGAUCAGGAUUCCGAAACAGAUUUCAUGUCACUGGCCAGCUGUAGCAGCUCCGAUGAACGACGACGUCGUCGCUCGCCGCACGUUGUAAAGCGUGGCAAGAAAACAGAUUCACCGCCAGCCAAAAAGGAAAAAGAAAAGGAGAAGGAGAAAGAGAAAGACAAAGAGAAGGAGAAGGAUAAGAAACGUAGCCAAGACAAAGAGAAGGAAAAAGAUAAAGAUAAGGAUAAGGACAGGGAUAAAGAUAAAGACAAAGACAAGGACAAGUCACGAAAGUCCAAGAAGAACUCAGCUGAGUCAGCAGCUGCUUUGGCUGCAGCUGCCGAGCAGGCGGAGCUGGAAAUGUUGUUGCCCUUCAUGGACAAGUACGAUGUGAUCAAGUAUCGACGCAGUCGAGCAGCUCUCAGUGGUUCGAGUGCAUCCAAUUCGUUGGCACCCUCCGAGGACUCCAAGUCGAAUAGUGCCAAGAGCUCCACAUCCAAAAAGAAGCGAGAACAUGCUCCCGAGCCACCAGCGGAACACAAGCGUGGACGCAAGAGCAAGGAGCAGAAGCACGCCAAGGAGGCUAGUCGUGAAGUGGAGAAGCCAAGUAAGGUGGAGAAACGCGAGAAGUCUGAGGAGAAGCCCAAAAAAGCGGAGACGCCAAAAAACAGCGAAAAGCCACCGCGGGAACUGACGCCACCGCCAACGCCACAGCCUCCGCCAGUCGCAAAACCCGAGGCAACUGCUGGUAAGGAAGCGGCAAGCAAGUCUAGUGGUACUGCUGCCACCGGAGCCAACGCUAGCAAUGCCAAAGUCAAGGACACUGCUGCCAAAACGAAUAGCAAGAAACGCAAUACUGACAAACAAAUGCCACCGCCACCGAAGCCCGCUGAUAAAACCAAUGAAAAAUCCACUGGCAACAAGAAGCUGACGGGAAAGAAAGCGGCUGCAGCUGCACAGAAAGCUGGCCAAGCUGCGGCCAGCAACAAUGCGAAUCUGGAGGCUUUGGAUGUGGAGACUGAGCAAACGCUGAAGGACAUCAAUCGUUGGUUGGAGCAUACACCACGAUUCUCCGAGUUCAGCUCUGCAAGCAAUUCGCCAUCUCGGUACAAUCUGCUGGAUGACUUCGAUUCGGGUAUUGGCAGCAAACUGGAUGCGGCAGACUUUAGGCGACCUGUGGCACUGGCUGCACCCAAAGCAGAACUGGUGCCCACCAAGUUGGCGGAGGCCCUCAACGAGCUGGUCAGUGAUACUACAACCAAACCAGGAGCCAAAUCGGAAACGGAAACAUUGCCCACGGCCAGCAGCGUAAGCAGCAGCUGUGGGACACCACCUCAUUCGAUGCACUCGGGCAACUCCAUUGGUAGCACAUCAGCGACAGCGGCCAGCUCUAGUUCCGCUUGCUCCAAUUCCAAUUCGGCAGUUUCUGCGCCACAGGCACAGACGGCACCUCCAGUAGUCAGUCCUCCCGUGGCUGCCGUAGCGACAUCAGUGCCGCCUGUCAAGACCAAGGAGCCGAGUACCACACAGCUGUUGUUGGUGCCGCCACCGCCACCGCAUAUCAAGCAACAGAUGGCAAAGGAGGCGAAACGUAAGUCGCUGAAGGAGAAACUUGCAGUCACAGCUCAGGCGCAACAGGCAAAGGCCAAGGCGAAUGUGAUGCGCACCAUUGAACGGUUACAGCCAGGCAAGACCAAGGGAAAUCUUAUCCAGAAUGUGAGCAAGACUGAGGAGACGGAAACGUUAGUCUCGCCGGUUGUUAGCAAAACCAAGGAUCCCAAGAAUGCGCUUAUUACAGAGACUGAUGAUGGAGCGCCUAAGCUCAGUCUGGGCACAGUGAUCAAAACGCAGGAUUUUGCAUUGGGCAAAACCCUGGAAGAGUUGGCGGGCAAAAAGCAAACGCAGGAAUCGGAAAGUACACCGAAAGAGAAUUCCGAAGACUCGACGGCUUUGUCACCAAGUAAGGAGCCAACCAAACCUUUUGAGGCGCUCAUGGAGCUCAGCAAAGUCAGCAGUGAGUUGUCCUCGAAGGCGGCAUCGGAAGCCAAAGAGAAACCCGAUUGGAGUGCCUGGCUCAAAGCGUUUGGGGGACCUAAGGUUAAUAAGAAGUCCAGCGACGAGGAGAAACAGCAAACGCCACAGUCCUUGGCACAGGACGACACACGCGUAGCACCGCCAGCUCAUUCACCAGCUGCUGGGGAGAACAACUUCUCGCUGCCAGUUGUGAUGCGCACUCGCAAGCCAAGCACAGGCAGCACCAACUCGGAACGCAGUUCCUUUAGUCAGGAUCCCGACUCGCCGCGCAUAGCCAUCGAUGAGCGUUAUGGAUCCUAUGCGGCAGGUUCCUAUACUUCGCCCAUUGGUGCCUCGCCGAUUGGUGCUUCUCCCAUCAUGGUGUCGCCUAAGCCCAACGAUGAUAUGGGCAAACCAGCAUCGCCGUAUACAUUGAAUGGCGCUAUUAAGGUUGGCUUCUAUCAGGACACCACCACGAAGAGCAGUCCGGACAAGAGCUGCAGUCCGCGCGAGAUGAACUCGCCAUAUCCACAAUACUCGCAACAUAUUUACUCAUCCGCCUCCUCGCCAAAUGUUUCCACACCGGAACUGAGCGGCACUUCGCCUUAUGGUGGUGGCAAUAGCUAUAAUCCAUCUGGCUCGGAAGCAUCGAAGACGCCAGCAUACUCCUCCACCUCGCCGUUGCCCAUUUACGAUCAGUACAAGCAGCCGCGAUCACAGGAAUCCGAUUACAACUCCUCGAUGAGUCCGAGUACACCAAAUCCGCAUUCACCUUACCAACAGCCACAGAGUUCGCCCUACACCACGCCGCACUCAUCGCAGCUGUCUCCGUAUCACGCCCAGUCGCCCUAUCAUCAGCCCACACAGCAUCCGCAGCAACAGCAGCAGCAGCAACCCUCGCAUAGUCCGACAGCGCAACAGCAGCAGGCGCUUAGUCCGAUGCCCAGCAGCGUAGAUUCACCUGCUUCCUCGGCAGCCACACAGCCGCCUACGCCGUUGGCGCAAUCUCCCGCAGAGCAGCAGCAUUCGCCGUAUCAGCAGCCAGUGCUGUCGCCCUAUCAACAGCCGCAGCAGCAACAGCAGCAGCCACAACAGGCGACACCUGUGUUGCCAGCGCCUGUGACGAGCACUCAACCAGCAGCAGCAAGUGUGCCACUUGCGGCAGCAAUGGGCAACAAGGUGUACACGCCUACGCACGACAGCUAUCAGCAACAGCAGCAGCAACGCUCGUUGUAUAAUCCAGCAACACUGAUCAAUCCGUUGCCAACUGCAGCUGCAGCCGUCGUGCCACCUGCGGCACCUGUGGCUAAGCCGAGCAACAAUGAUUGGAACUUGGCGCACAGCCUGUUGCCACCCAAUCUGGGCAGCAAUCAGGUGCCGCAACAACACCAAAACCAACAACAACAGCAGCAACAAUCUUUGGUACAUCAACAGCAGCAGCAGCAACAACAGCAGCAGUUGCUUGGCAUGAAGCCCAAGUAUCCAACAUACGCGCAGUAUCAAUCGACCAAUGCAGCGGCUAAUGCAGCAGCUGCUGCAGAUAUUGUUGACGCACAGCAGCAGCAACAACAACAGCAGCAGCAGCAACAACAGAAAAUUGUGCCACCCAGUUACGGCAGCGAUAUGGCAACCUUUAUGCAGCAUCAAAUGCAACAGCCAGCGAAAACGGAUACGCUUAUCAAUCCAUUAAAACGACCUAAUGAGGAAAUGAGCAUGGAUUACAGUGAUGUAGGCAACACCAAUAAGAUGCCCAAGCUGGAUGAGAAUCGUGCACAGCCACAAUUGCUUGCUAUGCCACCACAGCAACAACAACAGCAGCAGCAACCAACACAGCAACAGCCUCAGGCUCAGCAGCAGCCCCAACAACAGGCGCAACAGCAGCAGCAGCAACAACAACAGCAGCAACAACAACAACAGCAACAGCCUCAAGUGCAAUCACAAUCGCAAUCGCUUAUCAACAAACAGCAGCAAAUGUUCAACAGCUUUUUGGGCUCGAUGGCGUUUAGCAAGCAGCUGGGUACAAUAGCGCCUGAUAAAGCAUUUGAGAUGUACAAUCGAGCUGCUGCUAUGGGUUUUCCCAAGGAGUUUGCUAAGGAUAAUAAUGCGUGCAAUAUGCAGCAGCAGCAACAACAGCAGCAGCAGCAGCAACAGGCGGCCGCUAACAAGCAACAAGCAAAUCAGCAACAGCAGCAACCACAAGCGCAGCCGCAUCUUACGCAGUUGCAACCGCCGCAUAAUCUAAACUAUCAGCAGCAGCAACAACAACAACAACAGCAGCAAAAGCAGCAGCAGCAGUUGCCUUUGCAGCAACAGCCGCCGCAUAAGCCGCUUAACUAUGGCAACAACACCAAUAAUCUGCAGCACCAACAGCAACCACAACCUGCACAGCAACAAGAGGUUCAACAGCAGCAGCAGCAACAACAACAGCAGCAACAUGCUCAACAGCAACAGCAGCAACAGCAGCAGCCACAUAAUGCCUACCAACAGCAACCACAGCUGAAUCACAACUAUGCGCCAGCAACACAACAGACAGCUGCCGGUAAGCCAGCAGCAACACAGUCCGCUGUGGCUGGCAAUAGCGAGAAUAGCAACAUGUUGCAGCAUCUGACCGCAACUGCGCAUCAGCAUCACCUCAGCCAGACACAUCAUUUGGCUGCCUACAACAAGCCGACGCCGCCACCGCCGCAGACCUACAACAAUCCAUUGAUGCAUCCACUGGCCGAGUCCAUGCUGGGCUAUCCGGUCAAUUACUUUGACAAGAACAUGCCACCAGCUGCGCAUAUGUACAGCGCUGCUUCCAGUGCGGCAACAGCUUACGGCAAUCCUGCACAGCAACUGCCUGGCAACUAUGUGCCCGGCAGCAACAGUGCCGCACAGCCGCAGCAACAACCACCGCACCAACAAGCACCCGUUGCUGUGGCUCCAGUUGAAGUCAAGGCGCCGGCUAAACGUGGACGCAAGAAGAAGGCUACCACAACGGCAGCAGAAACAAAUGCAAAGGCGCAACAGCAGCAGCAGCAACAACAGCAGCAGCAACAACAACAACAGGUGGCAGCGCAACAGCAACAGCAGCAACAAGUGGCUGCACAACAACAGCAGCAACAACAGCAGCAACAGCAGCAGCAACAACAACAGCAGCAACAACAGCAGCAAAGUCAACAGCAAGCAAUGUCACAGUACAACAUGCCGCAGAUGCCAACGGCAGCAGCUGCUGCUCACGCUCAGGUGCUACACCAAGGCUUUCAGCUGUACGCGGGUCUCAAGUCUGGGGGUGUAGCAUCGCCAGCCGCGGGCACAGCAGCUGCAGCAGCAGCAGCGGCCGCGGCAUCUUCAGCUGGCGCUGCAUCGACCACUCAAACGGCAGCGGAUGCAGCAGCCAUCUCGCUGAAGACGUCCACGGGUGCCAUGGUGCCUGGCAGCGCCUUUAAUUUUGGUCCCACACCGAGUGCUUUGGGACUGUACGGCGAUCAGACGAGCAGCUAUUUGGAUCAGUUCCGUGAGGCAUCGAAUCCGUAUUAUAUGCCACCAGCGCCGGCGCACAGUGGAGCGACGGCCAAUCCGGCUGGCAAUGCGGCGGACAAGAGUCAGAAUCCACUGAAUACGGCAGCUGGUUCAUAUCCAUUUCUGGCAGCAGCACAUCCCUCGACACGAGCGGCGGCAGCUUAUCCAUUUGCCGCCUCGCAAUUGGAUGCGAAUUCGCAGCUAUAUCAGCAGUAUCUACGUCGCGAUGAUUUCCACGCACGGAUGAUCUUCAAUCAGAGCCUGUUGGGCAGUCCGGCUGCAGCUGCUGCUGCCGCUGGCUAUGGCCAGCCACCGCCGCCGCCUGCCGCCUACAGACCCUCGGCGUUGGGCAUGACCAAGCCAUAUGAUAUCAAUCGACAAUGGUUUUAGCAGUACGCCAGCGCCGCCAAUGUAGACUUGCAGGGCGACGACUUGAAUGCGUCAUCUGCAGCAACCACAACGGCGGCGACAACGGCAGCAGGUGGCGCAUCAACCGCAGCAACAACUGCAGCAGCAGCAGCAGCGACGGCUGCACAAACUCAGCGAUGAAGAGAUAUCAUCAUCAUCGAUCGGGCGGUGGCCUUCUUUUCAUCAUUAUAUAUAUAAUUUCUGAUCUGAUAUUAGGAUAUAUCUACUAAUUAAUUGCUGACUCGAAUUCUAGUUUUGUUAGAUUCGCGACGACUGUUUUCAUUGUGUAUGUGUGUGUGCCCUGAUACUGAGAACCCCCUCUAACCAAACCUCUUUGUGCCCUAAUCCUAGUGUUAACUCUUUCGUGCUUCACUUCUAUUGUGCAAUGUUUCCAAACUGUUUCCCACUGAGUAGUCCCCACUCCGCCCCCGCCCCGCUCCGUUUAACUGCACAUGACACACCGUUCGCAAGUUACUUGGUAGUUUUCUUCAUCUUAGAACAGUCUUUAGUUGAUAAGUAUUUUUGUUAGAUUGUAAAAAACGAGUUUAGUUUGUUUAGAGAACGACAAGCUGGAUUGAGAAACACACAAAACAAAAGCAAAAAAACAGAACAGAUUCUAAGAAUUGUUUCAAAAAAGCUUCCGACUAUAUAUCUUGUAGGCCUUUAGUUUUCAGAAUUUAACUAAAAAUGUAAAUUAGCUAUUAUUAUAUUAUAUUAUAUAUUAUUACUAUUAUUAUUACUACUACUAUGUACUAUUAUUAUUAGUUUUUAUACGAUCGUGCAGCGGGUAAUUUGUUGAAAUAUUUAUUAAUAUAUUCCAAAAAAACAAAACAAAACAAAAACAAAUCGAAAACAAUACAAAAAUUGCAAACAAUUUUUAGUUCAUAGAAAGCCAAACAAGUUGUACUAUAAACUUUUGUUAAUUAUGCUAAGUAUGGUCUAAACUUAAAUCCAAAGUAAACAACAACAGAGAUAAAUAAAAAUUAACACACACACACACACACUAACACCUUCAUACACUCACACACACAAACGUAUAUACUCAUAGCUCGCAUGUGCAACAUUCCGCCAUGAUUUCAGAAUCCUUUCCGGAAUCAUUUUCGCUGUACAUACAAACACACAGAGUUAAAACAACAAGAAGAACAACAAAAUACACAUCUCAAAUUGUAGCUUUAAAUGCUGUAAAAAGAAAAUUAAUGAAAAACAAACAAAAGAAACAAAUUCAAAAUAUGUAAUUUCAAUGCAAGAGCGAAAAGCAAAUGCAAAUUUAUGAAAGGUAAAUGAAAAAAGUGUCUUAGUCGCUAUUAACAUAAACAUAAACAUAAACAUAACAUAAACACGAAGCAGAAAAACGCAUAUAAUACAACAAGAGAACCCCUAAUUAUACAGAUAUUUAAUAAAUAUAUAUAUAUAUAUUUAGAAAUACGAAAUAUUAUGAAAAAGAUAGUACGGAAAAUAGAGAGAGAGAGAGAGGAGCGAACCACAAUAAAUAUAAAUAUAAAUUAAUUAAGUUGUUAACGCUUAUGUUUUGCAAAGGUAAAUUUUAAAUUUUAUAAUGAUAAAUAGUUUAUAAAAUAAUGAAAACGAAAAACAAAUCGGUACCUAGAGCAUAAAGAGCAGCAACAAACACAAACAUAUUUAAAGAACCACAAAAACAAGCUAAACAAAAUAUUAUAUUAAUAACAAUUUAUGUAUAAUCAAUGUGCACAUACACCAAUGUGUGUGUGUGCAUGUGUAUACACACAUAUACAUAUGUGUAUGUAUUUGUAGUAAAUAUGUGUAAGUAUGUACGAUAUUAGAUGCAAACACAGAGAGAGACAUACAUACAUAUGUAUAUGUAGCUAUACAUGAAUACAAAAUAAAUUACAAUAAAGAAUU